AAACAACUGAUGGAUUAUAUCAAGUAGAAUUGACUUAUCGCAAUAUUAGUACUAAAUAUUGCUAUGCUUUAGCAUUGAUUAAAACACAAAUACUUGAGAAUAUUAUUUCAGAACUUACUGAUAUUACUUCAGAUCUUGGUCUUGAUAAUUUACUAUCUAAAAGAGCUGGAAGCUCUCAAGCUUUAGGUGCCGUUAAUUACGCAAAUGAUGUAGAAUGGAUAAGUCAAAUAUCUAUGGGCACACCACAACAAUCAUUUCUUGUGGUAUUAGAUACUGGAAGUGCUGAUCUUUGGAUUCCUUGCAUCGAUUGCUAUAACUGUAAAAAUAAAAGGUUGUUCGAUUAUUAUUCAAGUUCUACCAUUCAAUAUAAUGAUGAUAAUUUCUAUAUCACUUAUGCGGACAAUUCAAGUUCUCGUGGUUGGAUGGAAACGGAUACUCUCCAAGUUGGAUAUAUGACUAUUCAAGAUCAACAAUUUGCCAUGGUAUAUGAUAUGAGUAAAGCAUUCCAAACUGAUGUUAUUGAUGGAUAUGAUUCACUUUCAGUAUAUCCGGGCACUAAGACUCCUUUCACAAAUAUGUAUAAUCAAGGUCUAAUUCCUCGAGAAAUAUUUUCAGUACAAUUACGUCCUGCACGAAAUAAAACUACUUAUGGUGGAAUAUUCAUCUUUGGCGGUAUCGACUCUCGUUUAUACACGGGUUCUAUAACGUAUACACCUGUAACUUAUCAACACUUUUGGCAAGUUGGAAUUGAUGCAGUAUUAUAUAAUGGAAAUAAUGUUUUUACAAGUUCAAGAAACAAACAACAAGUUAUAAUUGAUACAGCAACUGCAUUACUUAUAGUAGGAACAAACGUACAAAUGUAG